AUGGAGCUAUCCAGUACCCUCCGACAGCUGAAAUAUGCACUCACCACCCGACAUAGGACAAGACAACAUAUUAAUUUCCUAUUAACUUGUAAAGAGCUCAACAUCAUCCCAAAGUUCUUGAACAUAAGGUUCUCUUCCAACUUCGAUAAAAGAUACACACACAAGUUGAAACUUACAUUGCUGAAAAAGGAGAUAAGAAGACAAAUGAAUGUAUCUGGCUUUGUGGAUAUGAAACUUAAAUUCCUACAUCACCAUCUACUUAAGACAUUACACACCAUAGAAUACGAAGUACUAGUCAACAAACUCGAAGCAGAUGUAUUCUUUGAAAACUACGAAUCAGAUCAUAUAAGAUCGAGAAAACUUCACAGCUUGAUCAAGACUUCUCACCAGCUCAACAACAUCUCUUCAUAUCGGCCAGACAAUGACAGCGAACAUGUUGACAGGCCGAUUGAUGACAGUUCCUUGCACACCUUCCACGGACGUUUCACUAACUUGUCUGAUACACAGUUCACAUUAGAAGAGACUACUCUACUUAACCUUGGGCACAAAUUUGCCCCGACCCCUCAGAAGUUCAACAUGCAGACCACAGCCAUCGACUUGGAAAUACAACUGCGAAAACAUCCUGUUUAUGGCACAUUAUAUGGAGAAUUUGGGCACAUACUCAACAACUACAAUAGAAGACAUAAUACACUUCACUACAAUACACCAGGUCUCACAAAAAGACAGUUUACUACAACCUUAAAAUCUAUUAGACAUAAAAUCUCGUCUAACAACCUCACAGUCACUAGAGCAGACAAAAAUGCAGGUCUGGUUAUCCUUCCAACUUCUGUUUAUAAUGAAAAAACAUUGAAAUUCUUCGAAGACAAUAACAUUCACGCAAACGUAACUAACAUCUUGACAAGGUACACCACUCGAUUGAACAAGCUACUCAGGACGGCCUUGCCUACCCUUCAGAAGUUCACCCCUAGCUUAAACAUUCAUAACAUUAAAGAAAAGAACCCACAGAUCCCAAAUCUAUAUAGUCUUAUAAAACUUCAUAAAGUAGACAAGAGCAUCAGACCUAUAACUUCAGCACACGGUUCACCAGCCCAUAAGGUAUCAAAGGUCAUCAACCACAUCUUGACCCAUCAAUUAGGAUAUAAAUCACCCAUGUCUGUAAAAAAUUCGAUAGAAUUAGUCAAGAUCAUAGAAUCCACCAAAUUAGACUCGAACAAUGAGUAUAUUUUAGUUUCCUUCGACAUAGUUAAUCUUUACACAAACAUUCCAGUCGCAGAAUCCCUCUCUUUACUGAGGGAAUUCCUGAAUGGUUGUCAGACCCUAAGAGACUUCAAUAUUAAUAACGAAGACAUCCAAACGAUAAUGAACUUAAUGGAACUUAUUUCUAAGCAAAAUUUCUUCAGCUUCAAUGGCAGUGUUUACACUAUGACAGAUGGUGUACCUAUGGGUUCACCCAUCAGUGGACUUCUUGCAGAGAUUUUCAUAGCUUACUUGGAGUCUCUAAUCAUCAAUUACCACUUAUCACAUAAAAUAAUUCUUUGGAGAAGGUACGUUGAUGACAUAUUCUGUAUAUGGUCUGGAACCCUUGACGAAUUAAACUCCUUUCUCACGUUCAUCAACUCCCUAUCCAGAAUUAAAUUCACACUAGAGAUUUCCGAUAACAACAAUAUUAACUUCUUGGACUUGAACAUUACUCUGAACCCCGACAAUUCGUUUAACUAUAAUAUUUACAGAAAGCCCACACAAACUGACGUUGUGAUCCCUAAGUUCUCCUACCACUCACCCCAGAUCAAGAGGACAGCCUUCUACUUUCUUCUGAACCGCCUGCUUAACAUUCCCCUUACUAAAACAGACUACAAUAAAGAACUUGGUAACAUCUACAAGAUUGCCACCAACAAUGGCUACCCUGUACAAUUUGUGGACAACAUCUUAGCCUCUAUCAAAGAAAAACGCAUUUACAAGAAAGUGUACCCUCAUACUCCUAUCAAGAAAACUUAUGUGGUUGUUCCUUACUUCCAUGGAUUCAACUGCAAGUUAAAAUCUCUGCUUUCCAAUCACGACCUAGCCCUCAUUAACAGCUCACAUAAAACUUUAGAGAGACUACUGGAUAACAAUAAACCAAAGAAAAACAACGCCCAAAAAAGUGGAAUUUAUAAAAUAAAUUGCGACAACUGCCCUGCCUUCUAUAUUGGUAUGACAACCAGAGCCGCAGGAAUCAGAUUUAAUGAACAUGUCAAGAAUAGACCAUCUUCAGCGAUGGGUGGCCACUUGCAUGAAAAUGAACAUUCCGCUUCACUCGAGGGACUGACCAUAAUUCACGAAAGCGACGACUUCUGGAGGCUAACUCUUCUAGAACAACUCGAGAUUCUGAAGAACAAAAAUAGUGAACACUUCCUCAACGAGAUUAAAGAUUUUCCUAACCCAAAUUUAUACAAACUAGUUCUCUUUCCCAACCAGUGA